UGCUUCCUCGCUUCCUUCCUUCCUCGCUUCAUUCCUUCCUUGCUUCCUCGCCUCUCUCUUUCAUCGCUUCCUUCCUUCCCUCCUUGCUUCCUUGCUUUCUUCCUUCCUCGCCUCUUCUUUUCUUGCUUCCUUCCUUCCUUGCUUCCUCGCUCCCUUCCGUCCUCGCAUCUUUCCUUCCUCGCUCCUUCCUACAUUGCUUCCUUGCUUCCUUCCUUCCUUGCUUCUUCGCUUCCUUCCUUCCUCGCUUCCCUCGUUCCUUCCAUGUUUUUUCCUUCCUCGCUCCCUUCUUUCCUCCUUCUUUGUUUCCUCGCUUUCUUCAUAAAUUUCUUCCUCACUUCCUUUCCUCCGUCCUUCCUUGCUUCAUUCCUUCCUUCCAUGGUUCCUCGCUUGCUUUCUUCCUUGCUUCCUCGCUUCCUUCUUUCCUUCCUUCCUCGCUUCCUUCCUUCCUCACUUCCCUCUUUCAUUCCUUGCUUCCUUCCUUCCUCCUUCCUUGCUUCCUCGCUUCCCCCCUCGCUUCCAUCUCUCCUCCUUCCUUGCUUCCUCGCUUUCUUCUUUCCUUGCUUCCUCGAUUCCUUCCUUCCUCACUUGCAUCCUCCCUUCCUUGCUUCCUCCCUUCCUAACUUCCUUCUUUU